GUUGUGGCUGCUGCCCUCUUGUUCCGUGUGGCAAUCUUCAGGCGUCCCUCCGCGUGGGUUAGCGGGAGCAACGCGACUUUGGCCGUCCGGGACCCCACCGGCCGAUCAGAACCAUGGCUGAGGAGACGAAUGAGGCCGCUGGCCGUCGGCGCGCCCAGCAGUUGCUGUCGCUCGAGCCCAAGCUGCAGAAAGAGUUUCAGCAGAAGUUGCACGGGAUGAAGACGCAACGGAAGCAGGCAAAGCUGACAUCAGGUGUAAUUUACUUGGGUCAUGUACCCAAUGGAUUCUUUGAACCACAGAUCAGGAAAUACUUCUCCCAAUUUGGAACAGUUCUAAGACUUCGUCUUUCACGAAGCAAAAAGACCGGGCACAGUAAAGGAUAUGCAUUUGUGGAGUUUGAGUGUGAUGAAGUUGCCAAAAUUGUUGCAGAAACCAUGAACAACUAUUUAUUCGGUGAACGGCUGUUGAAAUGUCAGGUUGUCCCACCAGAAAAAGUGCACCCACAACUUUUCAAAGGUUGUAACAGAUUUUUUAAGAAGCCUACCAACCCAGCAGUUGCUCGUUACAACAAGAAGCGAAACUGGAAAGAAGAAAAAAUUAUGUCACAGAGACUUCUUGAGAAAGAAGGACGGUUACGAAGAAGGCUCGCGAAGAAAGGAAUUGAUUAUGAUUUUCCUGGUUUUGCUGCAACGAUGCCUCGAAAGAAAAAAAGAUUUCCUAAAAAAUUGAACGAUACAGUGAACAGCCAGGAUGUAACUCCUGUAUGCACACCUGCUGUUCUGAAGCAACGCCAGAAUUGUAAAGGUCUCAAUGAUACAGAUGAUGAAAUCACAUUCAAAGUACCACCCUCUGAAAAGACUUCCAAAAAGCAAACUGAAUCAUUAGUUUCUUUAGCUGAAAAAGUGAAAAAAACAAAGAAAAUGAAGAUGAAAAGAAAAAUUCCAGGCAAAUGAAAGGAAUUUGUGAACAAAGAAUCCGGAGAAGCCUAACAACAAUGAAUUGGGAACAUUGAUGCCUUUAUUUUGUAGAAAAUGCUACUAAAAUUUUUGAUGAAACAUGAAGGCAGCUCUUUAAGGUGCCUUUGCUGUAUGACUAGUUGUGCUUGGAAAGUUAAAGAUUCUACAUUUUAAGCUUUGUUUUAAUUUAAUUUUAUACAUCAUCUCCCGAAAUUCAGGCAGCUUAAAUAUUUUGUACAGUGAUCAACUCAAAAUAAAUGUAUUUCUCCCACUCAAAAUUAUUUGAAUACAUAUAUGUAAACAAAUUUUCAAUAAAAAUUCCUUAACUA